UCAUUACUUCUCUCUCCGUCCCGGCGCCACCCACACCAGCAAGAUUUCGCCCGCCAGGAGACCGGGCGAGAGGUCCCAAUCCUCCCUGCGCCUCGGCCGCAAGUCGCUGGUGGCGGCGGGGGUCGGGGUGGCGAUGGUGCUGAUCUUGGUCAUCGUUAUCCCGGUGCUGGUCAGCUGGCUGGGCACGGCCGCCCACUACCAGAUGCUGGGCACCUGCCGCAUGGUGUGCGAGCCUUACCAGGUCACCAGCCCCAGCGCCAGCCCCGCGUUGGAGGCGCUGAGCGAGCAGCACCUGGCGCCGCCUUCCACUCUGCUCCAGGGAGCUCCGGGAAAAGCGGGCCGGCCCGGUAAACCGGGGGCGCCGGGGCCGCCAGGAGAGCCGGGACCACCGGGCCCGAGGGGUCCGGCGGGGGAGAAGGGGGAGUCGGGCAGGCCGGGGCUGCCGGGCGCUCCCGGGGCCGGGCCGGGUGCCAUUAGCGCCGCCACCUACAGCACCGUGCCCCGGGUGGCUUUCUACGCCGGCCUGAAGAACCCACACGAGGGCUACGAGAUCCUCAAGUUCGACGACGUGGUGACCAACUUGGGCAACCACUUCGACGGCUCCAGCGGCAAGUUCACUUGCUCCAUCCCCGGCACAUACUUCUUCACUUACCACGUCCUGAUGCGGGGCGGAGACGGCACCAGCAUGUGGGCAGAUCUCUGCAAGAACGGACAGGUGCGUUCGAGCGCCAUCGCCCAGGACGCCGACCAGAACUACGACUACGCUAGCAACAGUGUCAUCCUGCACCUGGACGCGGGCGAUGAAGUCUACAUCAAGCUGGACGGCGGCAAAGCGCACGGGGGCAACAACAACAAGUACAGCACCUUCACGGGAUUUAUCAUUUACACAGAUUGAGGCGGCAGCUCCGGCAACA